AUUUGCACAUAAAAUACAAUGAAUUACUCUUUUAUUUUACUACAACAUAUUAGAAUACAACCGAUAAAUCUCUUUUAUAUAUAGUUAAUCAUAGAAAUAUACAUCAUGUCAAUUCAUUAUAAUAGUGGUUGAUAAAUUACGUGAUAGGUUAUUCAGUUGAUUUACUGUCAUUGGUGUUGAUUUUGUUUGUCUAUAAUCAAUUGAAGAGAGAGAAAAAAAGAAUGAAUGAAAUUUAUUUAUAAAUUUAAAGAAAUGUGUACUCAUUGUCAUUGGACUCCAAUUGCAAUGCCAGAGAUGUAUGGAGUUAUAUUUGGUGAACAUGCGGGUCUUAUCCAUGCUUGCUCUGAUGCAUUGAGACAGUAUUGUGAAAGCCUUUGGUACUCUGGAUUAGAAUACAAACGUCCGACUCAUGAAGAAAUUUUAGCCAAAUGUGGAAUACUCUUCUAUGGGCAACCAAUACCAGUAAAUAUUCUUUAUGCAUUUUACUAUCAACUGGAAAAUUUAUUCGCCAUGAGUAAAGUAAUUCAUUCCAUUCGCACAGUUAUGGAUUGGCUAGAUGCAACAGAAAAUCAUGCCUCAAGAAUAUUAUCAAUAUAUGAAAUGAAUUCACAAUUAAAUCAUUUUGAAGAAACAUUGGCAGAUCAUUUAAAAGCACUUAAGUUAUGUGAUCGUUUAUUGGAUAAUCUCGGUUCAAUUUAUCAUCGUGUACGUCCUUUAAAAAAAGGACAAACUAUUCUAGCUAGAGCUUUAACAGAUUUUGAAUCAAAACAGAUGAAAUGCAAGCUACAUAUGAAUCACUUUUAUAGGAUCACAUCCAAUCAAAAUCCUCAUGCAUGGCAGAUAAGUAAUCCCGGACAUGCAAUUCCGUCACUAUUCCUCGAUGUUUCUACUGAGUUUGGUGAAAAACUAAUUCUUAAACAACUUCAAAAACGAUUUGAAGAAUUUCUAAUCAUGUGUCAUGGUCGUGCUCGUCGUCAACUAUUCUCACGUAUUACAAAAUUAUUACAUAAUUCUAAACGUUAUUCAACACUUCCUGCAAUGUUUAAACCAAGCGAUUCUCCCGUUUCUUCAAGCGCUCUCUGUGGCUUAUACUUUCCACGUUCACCUGAUCCAGCCAAACGAUGGCGUCCUUCAAACAAUGCUAAAAUAUUUUCUCGUCAACCAGCCUAUUUGGAUUAUGAAAGUCCUCAAGAAGCAUUACUACCUCAUACAAUCCGAAUAUUAUUGACUCGGUUAAGAAACUGGUUACAUCAGUUACCUCCUCCUGGUGUGAUUAUGGACAGUUCAAAGUUGUCAACAUUUAAUUCAAAUAAAUGCCAGCAAAAUAGCUUUAAUUUAAUCCAAGGAAGUAAUGUAGUCAUUGAACUGCGUAAAUGGUGGAAGUUCACUCAUAAAACAGUUGAAAAUCGUGAUCAAUUAGAAAAAAUAGUUGCCGAUGCUACUUUUAUAAAAAAAUUGAAUGAUAUUAUGCAAACAAAAAUUAAUACUGAAGUGGAAAAACACAGAAAGCAAUAUGAAUCAAAUAAAAAUCUGACUAAUUCAAGCACAUUUAAAAGCCACCCAAAGCUUACAAAGGUCCUUGUGGAUGAACUACUCUCAAGAAUAGGAGCUCAAUUUUAUCACCCACGAUCUGGACAAUUUAGCUAUAGAAGUACUCAACGAGUAAUGGAUGGUAUUGAUAUAGCAUUACCUUAUACAUUUCCUGGAGUACAAAUAUUUGACAGAUUAAUUAAAGAUGGUGAUUAAAUUUUUCUUCCAUUAUUAACUAUGUUUAGUUUAUAUAGACAAUAUUAUGAUUGUAAAUGUGUUUAUGAUGAUGAUUAUUAUAUUAUUAAUAAUUUUGUACAGUCAUUGAACUCAUUAGCUAAUAUUUGAAUUAUGUUUAGAAUAAUGGCAAAACAAACUAUUCACAUUUAACAUUGAACAUCUUCAUUCAUAAUGAAUGAUAUACAAUAUGUUAUUACAACUAGAUGAUAUUCUUAAUACUAUAAAAACAUUAAUUUAUAUCUUUAGGAUUUUAUGGAGUAAUUAUCAAAACAGGUUAAUAUGAACCUGAUUGAAGAGAAAAAUAUGCAAGUAUUUGUUAAUGUUUGUUCAUUUGACGUAUUCAGGUAUCAGUAAUCCCAAUGAUAAAAAAAUUAAAAAUAAACGAAUGUAUAUUUUUAUUCUUCUUUCAAACAGAAAAUAUAAAAUUAUAUGUUUUAUUUUGUUCAAAAAUUUCACAAAGAUCCUAGUUCUUCUUGAAUAAUUUUAAUGAAAUGAAAUGAGUAAAAUCAAAGAAAGUUCUAAUAGAGAAUCUAAUUAAAUUAUAUGAAUAUAUCUUAACAAAUAGGUUAUCAUAUUUGAUUGUAGUGUUAGAUAGUCGAAUCAUUAGUUUUCUGAACAAAGUUUAUCAAUAUUGUAGACAAAUCAAUAUAUACAUUCACUUGGUAUUGUUUACUUGAAUCUUCCCAUUGAUGUUUACGACUGCAGUUGACCAGUCUCUUAUUAGCAUAUGUGGAUACUGUGCGUAUUACCUCGAUAUUAUCUUAAUUCACAAGCAUUAUAAGCAAAAAUGGAUAGUGGCUAGCAGUGGCUAUCAGGACUUAAUAGCCAAGUCGAUAACGUGAUGACGUUAGGAG